AUGGCAAAGAAGAAGUUCAGCGGAUUAGAAAUCUCUCUGAUUGUCCUCUUUAUCAUAGUAACAAUAAUAGCUAUUGCUCUAGUUGUUGUCUUAGCAACAAAGGUGCCUGCUGUGGAAGAACUUCAAAGUUCAUCUCAUCCUGGAAAGUGUCCCACUGAACCAAAUGAUCCUAUCAAUGAAAGAAUAAACUGCAUUCCAGACCAAACUCCAACACAGGCAAAAUGUGAAGAACGUGGCUGUUGUUGGCGCCCCUGGAACAACUCCAUCAUUCCUUGGUGCUUCUUUGUAAAUAACCAUGGCUACAAUGCUGAGGCAGUAACUACAAAAGAUACUGGACUUGAAGCCAGGUUGAACAGGAUCCCCUCUCCUACUCUAUUUGGGGACGAUAUUAAUAGUGUCCUCCUCACAACUCAGAGUCAAACCUCAAAUCGUUUGCGCUUCAAGAUUACAGAUCCAAAUAAUAAGAGAUAUGAAGUACCACAUCAGUUUGUAAAGGACGUUACUGGAAUCCCGGCAGCUGACACACUUUAUGAUGUGCAGGUCACAGAAAAACCUUUCAGCAUCAAAGUGAUCAGGAAAAGCAACAACAGAGUCUUGUUUGACACCAGUAUUGGUCCACUGGUGUAUUCCAACCAAUAUUUACAGAUUUCAGCAAAACUUCCAAGUGACUAUAUUUAUGGCUUUGGGGAACAUAUUCAUAAGAGAUUUCGUCAUGACUUAUACUGGAAAACAUGGCCAAUAUUUACUCGAGAUGAACUUCCUGGUGAUAAUAAUCAUAAUCUCUAUGGGCAUCAGACAUUCUUCAUGGGCAUUGAAGAUAACUCUGGGAAGUCAUAUGGAGUUUUUCUCAUGAACAGCAAUGCAAUGGAGGUUUUCAUCCAGCCAACUCCAAUAGUUACUUACAGAGUUAUUGGUGGCAUACUAGACUUUUAUAUAUUUCUUGGAGACACACCAGCAGAAGUAGUUCAACAAUACCAAGAGCUCAUUGGACGACCAGCAAUGCCAGCAUAUUGGAGUCUUGGCUUUCAACUGAGUCGCUGGAAUUACAAGUCAUUAGAUGCAGUCAAAGAAGUAGUAAGAAGAAACCGGGAAGCCCGCAUCCCAUAUGUAUGGCCAGGAUUAACAGUUUACCCUGAUUUUACUAAUCCAAAAACCAGUGAAUGGUGGGCAAAUGAAUGCAGUCUUUUCCACCAGCAAGUGCAAUAUGAUGGACUUUGGAUUGACAUGAAUGAAGUUUCCAGCUUUAUUCAAGGUUCUCUGAAAGGGUGCAGCGUCAAUGAAAUGAAUUACCCCCCUUUCACUCCUGGUAUUCUUGACAAACUUCUGUAUUCCAAAACCCUUUGCAUGGAUGCUGUACAGUACUGGGGGAAGCAGUAUGAUGUCCACAGCCUGUAUGGAUACAGCAUGGCCAUAGCCACAGAGAAAGCUGUGGAGAAAGUUUUUCCUAACAAGAGAAGUUUCAUCCUCACUCGGUCAACAUUUGCCGGCUCUGGGAAGCAUGCUGCUCAUUGGCUGGGAGAUAACACUGCCUCGUGGGAGCAGAUGGAAUGGUCUAUCACGGGAAUGCUGGAGUUCGGGCUGUUUGGCAUGCCUUUGGUUGGAGCAGACAUCUGUGGAUUUGUGGCUGACACUACAGAGGAACUCUGCAGAAGGUGGAUGCAACUUGGAGCCUUUUAUCCAUUUUCUAGAAACCAUAACGCUGAUGGCUAUGCGGAGCAAGAUCCUGCAUUUUUUGGACAAGACUCUCUUCUGGUGAAGACAUCAAGGCACUACUUAACCAUCCGCUACACCUUACUCCCUUUCCUCUACACCCUGUUCUACAAAGCCCAUAUGUUUGGAGAGACAGUCGCAAGGCCAUUUCUUCAUGAAUUUUAUGAAGACCCUAAUAGCUGGAUUGAGGACACCCAAUUUCUCUGGGGCCCUGCACUACUUAUUACUCCUGUUUUGAAACAGGGAACAGAAUAUGUGAGUGCAUACAUUCCUGAUGCUACCUGGUAUGAUUAUGAAACAGGUGAAAAAAAGCCAUGGAGAAAGCAAAGGGUUAACAUGUACCUUCCAGCAGAUAAGAUAGGUUUGCAUCUUAGAGGAGGCUAUAUCAUCCCAACCCAGGAACCUGAUGUAACAACAACAGCGAGCCGUAAGAAUCCUCUAGGUCUUAUUGUUGCAUUAGAUGAAAAUCAGACAGCAAAAGGAGACUUCUUCUGGGAUGAUGGUGAAACUAACGGAACCAUAGAAAAUGGAAGCUACAUAUUUUACACCUUUUCAGUUUCCAAUAAUAUCUUGGUUGUUAAUUGCACACAUUCGUCAUAUUCAGAAGGAACUGCCCUUGCUUUUAAAACAAUCAAAAUCCUUGGGCUGACAGACACUGUAACAGAAGUUAGAACAGGAGAAAAUGAUCAACAAAUGGCGGAUCAUCUUGCUUUCACGUUUGAUGCUUCCAAUAACGUUCUCUCAAUUACAGAUCUCAACUUUAAUCUUGGAAAAAGCUUUAUAGUUAGAUGGAAUCAAAUUUUCUCAGACAAUGAGCGAUUUGGUUGUUAUCCAGAUGCAGGCAUGGCAACUGAGAACUUAUGUGUACAGCGAGGCUGCAUUUGGAAAGAGGUUAGUGGGCUAUCCGGUGCACCUGAAUGCUACUUUCCUAAAGAUCACAAUCCCUAUUUGUUAACUUCAACUCAAUUUUCACCAACGGGUAUAACAGCUGAACUCCAAUUGAAUACUGCAGGAGCUAGAAUACGCCUUCCUUCUAAUCCCAUCUCCAAUCUCCGUGUGGAAGUAAAAUAUCACAAAAAUGACAUGCUACAGUUUAAGAUUUAUGAUGCCGAUCAUAAGAGAUAUGAAGUUCCAGUACCAUUAAACAUUCCAGAGACCCCUACAAGCUCUUAUGAAAAUAGGCUCUAUGAUGUUGAAAUCAAGGAAAACCCUUUUGGCAUCCAGGUUCGAAGGAGAAGUAGUGGACGGCUUAUCUGGGAUUCUCGCCUUCCUGGAUUUGCAUUCAAUGACCAAUUCAUUCAGAUAUCUAGCCGUCUGCCAUCACAAUAUUUAUAUGGUUUUGGGGAAGCAGAACACACAGCAUUCAAGAGAGAUUUGAACUGGCAUACUUGGGGAAUGUUCACAAGAGAUCAACCUCCUGGUUAUAAACUCAAUUCCUAUGGAUUCCAUCCCUAUUAUAUGGCUUUGGAAGAUGAGGGCAAUGCUCAUGGAGUUCUGUUACUGAACAGCAACGGAAUGGAUGUUACAUUCCAGCCAACUCCUGCUCUAACUUACCGCAUAAUUGGAGGAAUCCUGGAUUUUUACAUGUUUUUGGGACCAACCCCAGAAGUUGCAACAAGGCAAUACCAUGAAGUAAUUGGCUAUCCAGUCAUGCCAGCUUACUGGUCGCUGGGAUUUCAAUUAUGUCGUUAUGGAUACAGAAAUACUUCAGAGAUUGAGCAACUAUAUGAAGCUAUGGUGGCUGCUAAGAUCCCCUAUGAUGUCCAGUACACAGACAUUAAUUACAUGGAAAGGCAACUAGACUUCACAAUUGGUGAACGAUUCAAGGAUCUUCCCCAGUUUGUUGAACGAAUCAGAAACGAGGGAAUGAAAUAUAUUAUUAUCUUGGAUCCAGCAAUUUCAGGAAAUGAAACAAAGCCUUACCCUGCCUUUGAUAGAGGAAUACAGAAAGAUGUCUUUGUCAAGUGGCCUAAUACAAAUGAUAUUUGUUGGGCGAAGGUUUGGCCAGAUUUACCUAAUAUUGAAAUAAACGAGAGUUUAACAGAAGAUGAAGCUGUUAAUGCUUCCAGAGCACAUGUAGCAUUUCCAGACUUCUUCAAGAAUGUCACAGCAGAGUGGUGGGCAACAGAAAUUUUUGAAUUCUACAAUGAAAAAAUGAAGUUUGAUGGCUUGUGGAUUGAUAUGAACGAGCCUUCCAGUUUUGUAAAUGGAACAGUUACUAAUAGAUGCAGAAAUGAUACACUAAAUUACCCUCCUUAUUUCCCAGAACUCACAAAAAGAACAGAGGGGUUACAUUUCCGGACCAUGUGCAUGGAAACUGAACAGAUUCUUAGUGAUGGGUCAUCAGUUUUGCAUUAUGAUGUGCACAAUUUAUAUGGAUGGUCACAAGUUAAACCCACUCUGGAUGCAUUACGGAAGACCACUGGCCUGAGAGGGAUAGUCAUCUCUCGGUCUACAUAUCCCACAGCUGGUCGAUGGGGGGGACACUGGCUCGGAGACAAUUAUGCAAACUGGGCAAAUUUGGAAAAUUCACUCAUUGGUAUGCUAGAAUUUAAUCUUUUUGGGAUACCAUAUGUUGGAGCAGAUAUCUGUGGUUUUUUUAAUGAUUCAGAAUAUCAUCUCUGUACUCGUUGGAUGCAAGUUGGAGCCUUUUAUCCAUAUUCACGAAACCACAACAUUCAAUUUACCAGAAGGCAAGAUCCUGUUUCCUGGAAUGAAACUUUUGCUGAAAUGUCCAGGAAUGUUCUAGAAAUCAGAUACACGUUGCUGCCCUAUUUCUACACACAGAUGCAUGAAGCCCAUGUUCAUGGUGGCACUGUCAUCAGACCCCUGAUGCAUGAGUUCUUUGAUGAUAGGGGAACCUGGGAAAUAUAUGAGCAGUUCCUGUGGGGUCCAGCAUUUAUGGUGACUCCUGUCAUUGAGCCUUACAGAACCAGUGUGACUGGCUAUGUCCCUAAUGCUCGGUGGUUUGACUACUAUACAGGGGAAGAUAUAAAGGUCAGAGGACAAAAGCAAACAUUUGCAGCUCCUUUUGAUAAAAUAAAUCUGCAUGUCCGAGGAGGUUAUAUUCUACCAUGCCAAGAGCCCGCACAGAACACAUAUUUAAGUCGACAGAAUUUCAUGAGGCUCAUCGUUGCUGCAGAUGACAAUCAAACAGCACAAGGAACUCUAUUUUGGGAUGAUGGAGAGAGUAUAGACACUUAUGAAAGAGAUCUCUACACCUUGAUACAAUUCAAUCUAAACCAGAAAAAUUUAACAAACUCUAUAUUGAAAAAUGGGCAUACAAACAAAUAUGAGAUGAUACUUGGAGAAGUCUAUGUGUGGGGGAAAGGAACAACCAGCGUCAACGAGGUUAAUUUGACUUAUGGUGGAAAUACACUAAAAACUAACUUUACUCAAGAUGCAGCUAAGGAGAUACUAAUAAUUGACCUGAAACAAAUGGAUGUUUUUCUUAAUGAACCAAUAGAAAUAAGCUGGUCAUGAAGAUUACCAUCAGUUUGAAUUUCGAAGGAGGAAUUGUUAUGGGGUCAUAGUUCACUUUCAUACACUUCUCUCCUGACUUCUUUCAUUGUUUAAAACAGAAUUACCAUUGUCCUUAUCUAAAUAUUUCUGCAUCGAGUACAUCAAAGAAGUGCUAAAAUGUUCUACUAAAGUGACUUGGUUGCCACUGCUUUGCAGGUUUAAAAAGAUUUGAAUUAUUAUACUUA